GGCGCACCAAAAAGGGGCGGACUGGAUUGGGGGCGGGGCAUCCGGGCCCGGCUAGGGCUGCCUGCAAGCUGCUGGGCCCGGGCAAAGGACUGCUCAGUUUCCUUUAGAGGGAGUAGGAAGUAAGUGCCAUGGCACUGCAGGGCAUCUCGGUCGUGGAGCUGGCCGGCCUGGCCCCGGGCCCGUUCUGUGGUAUGGUCCUGGCGGACUUUGGGGCGCGGGUGAUACGCGUGGACCGGCCCGGCUCCCGCUACGACCUGAGCGGCUUGGCCCGGGGCAAGCGCUCGCUGGCGCUGGACCUGAAGCAGCCCCGGGGAGUCGCGGUGCUGCGGCGUCUGUGCGCAAAGUCGGACGUGUUGUUGGAGCCCUUCCGCAGCGGUGUCAUGGAGAGACUCCAGCUCGGCCCAGAGAUUCUGCAGCGGGAGAAUCCAAGGCUUAUUUAUGCCAGGCUGAGUGGAUUUGGCCAGUCGGGAAGCUUCUCUAGGUUAGCUGGCCAUGAUAUCAACUAUUUGGCUUUGUCAGGUGUUCUCUCAAAAAUUGGCAGAAGUGAUGAGAAUCCAUAUGCCCCGCUGAAUCUCCUGGCUGACUUUGCUGGUGGUGGCCUUAUGUGUGCGUUGGGCAUUAUAAUGGCUCUCUUUGAACGCACACGCUCUGGCAAGGGUCAGGUCAUUGAUGCAAAUAUGGUGGAAGGAACAGCAUAUUUAAGUUCUUUUCUGUGGAAAACUCAGAAAUUGAAUCUGUGGAAAGCACCUCGAGGGCAGAACAUGUUGGAUGGUGGAGCACCUUUCUAUACAACUUACAGGACAGCAGAUGGGGAGUUCAUGGCCGUGGGAGCAAUAGAACCCCAGUUCUAUGAGCUGCUGAUCAAAGGACUUGAGCUAAAGCCUGAUGAACUUCCCAAUCAGAUGAGCAUGAAUGAUUGGCCAGAAAUGAAGAAGAAGUUUGCAGAUGUAUUUGCAAAGAAGACAAAGGCAGAGUGGUGUCAAAUCUUUGAUGGCACAAAUGCCUGUGUGACUCCAGUUCUGACUUUUGAGGAGGUUGUCAGUCAUGAUCACAACAAGGAACGGGGCUCGUUUAUCACCAGUGAGGAGCGGGACGUGAGCCCCCGCCCUGCACCUCUGCUGUCAGACACUCCAGCUGUCCCUUCUUUCAAAAGGGAUCCUUUUGUAGGAGAACACACUGAGGAGAUACUUAAAGAAUUUGGAUUCAGCCUCAAAGAGAUUGAUCAGCUCACCUCGGAUAAAAUCAUUGAAAGUCAUAAGGUAAAAGCUGGUCUUUAACUUCCAGGCUCACAGCUCAAGUGAGUUUGAAUACUGCAUUUGCAGUGUAGCAUAACACAUAACAUUGUGUGCAUGGAAAUGGGGAGGGACAGUAUUGCAGUGUCCUACCACUUUAAUCACGAAAAAAACCACAGACUCUGAUUCUGCAGUGAUGAUUGAAUUCUGAAAAUGGUUAUCAUUAGGGCUUUUGAUUUAGAAAGCCUUUGGGUACUUCUACUAAAUUAUGAUAGUUAUUCCGCCUUCCAGUUUGCUUGAUAUAUUUGUUGAUAUUAAGAUACUUGUGUACUUAUGUUUUGAAUGAAUUAAUAUAAUAUAAUUUAUUUAAUAAAGCUUUCUUUUUCCCUAAA